AUGGAGAGUAAAUGGAUUCUGAGGAAGAGAAGGUGUGUGAGGGUUGCAAGAAGAAGCAAUGAAUCGGAAGACUUGUUUAACAAGCUCCCAAAGGAGCUCCACAUCGACAUCGUCAAGCGUCUUACUGAGAAGGACCUUUCAAUAGCGAUGUGUGUUUCAAUGGAGUGGCGCAAUCUCAUCCUUCAUUCAUGUGUCCCUACAACACAAUCCUUGACUGUUCCCUACCUUGGUCUCCUCAAGGAAAUGGAGAAACAAGGUAAAGGCAAAAUCAAUCCUACUUGGCUUACUGUUGUGAUUAACAGCAUAACACCCUACCCAUUCCUCGACACCAACCAUCUCUUCAAUUGGUGCUCUAAGGUUAUGUGUUGCAAGGUCAAACCUGAAAGCCUCAUUGGUUCGUGUAACGGAUUGAUCUUGUUUUGCCAUAACAAUGGUAAAGCCAAGGGCUUUACACAUGGUUCUUAUCACUAUUAUGUGAUUAACCCUGUCACCAAGCAGUGUGUGGCUGUGUUGAAACCGUCAUCGUGUAACGCACCUUAUUCAUAUGCUGCCUUGGCUUAUGACCCUCUUGAGUCUUGGUUUUUCAAGAUUGUUCGGUUUCAAGGUUCUCGAAAUCUGAAUGUUUUCUCCUCAGAGACUGGGCUUUGGACAACUUUGAGCUUUCAAUUACCUCAAAAGGUGACAAAGUCCAAGUGGCAGAAAAAGUCAGUUUACUCUAAGGGUGCAAUUUAUAGGCUCUCUAGUUCAAGGCAAGUGAUCAAGUUUCAUGUGGACCUACAAGAGAGUGUGGAGAAGCAAGCAGUGGCAAUUGAUCUCCCUUGUAUGGAUGAUAACGAUUAUCGUCAUAAUAAGGACAUUUCGGUGAGGGGCAGUGAUGUGUUGUUUAUUAUGACCGUAGGUCAAAAUUUGAAGGUCUGGGAGCUUGUGGAAAGCUUUACUGGUGCUGGUUGCUCCUUUGAGUGGAUUUUAACUCAUACGAUUGACAAUGGAUUCUUGAAGGAAUUUAAUAAUUAUGGAAAAUUCUUGGGCUUUCAUCCUUACUAUGGAGUGAUGUUUUUCAAGCUUGAUAAUAUCUUAUACUAUUUCUUUUCUUCUUACAACACCAUGGGUGUGAGGGCAAUUGCACAUGAUACUUGCCUGUAUCGUUACCUUAAUAUCAGUGGAUUUCCUUUCCUUGAAUGCCCAAUCCCCUAUGCUUGUUGCCUGGAAAAGGAGGUAAUUGUUUCUAAAUACUAG